AUGGCGGACUGUGUUGCAGCGCGGCUGUCGGCCAGCAACGUGCUGUGGCUGUUGGCGUUCUGCGGCUUCGCUCUCAACUACGCGGUGCGCGUCAACCUCAACAUCGCCAUCGUGGCCAUGGUGAGGAGGAGGGCGUCUGCGGCGGCAACGGCCGGCUACUGCGGGGGAGGUGCCGCGCAGGCGAACGGAGGCGACGGCGCCAACGUCAGCGUCGCCGAAGGGCUUCUUGUGGGAGACCCUGCGCACAAUAUGACCGCAAAUGACACAACUUAUGCGGACGCUACAGCCUUUGAUGAGGAUGGCCACUACGACUGGGACGAGCACCAGCAGGCCCUGGUGCUGGGGGCCUUCUUCUGGCUGCACUGGUCCACUCAGGUGCCGGGCGCCAUGCUGGCUCGCCGCGUGGGCCCCAAGCUGAUCUUCGGCGCGAGCAACCUGUCCGCGUGCCUGCUGGCGGCGCUCAUCCCGCUGGCUGCCGGCGUCGACUACCGCGCCCUGGUGGCUCUCAGAGCUCUCCAGGGACUGCUCACCGGAAUGGCGUGGCCAUCGAUGCACUGUAUGACGGCGAACUGGGUGCCGCCCAACGACAGGAGCAAGUUCAUCUCCGCUUACCUCGGCAGCAGUGUGGGAGAUGCGCUGACGUUCCCAGUGUCGGGUGUGCUGAUUGGCUGGCUGAGCUGGCCCGCCGUCUUCUAUGCCACAACACUGGCGACCAUUGUCUGGUUCCUGGCCUGGUGGCUGCUCGUCUUCGACCACCCUCAUCACCACCCGCGCAUCUCCCAUUCUGAGCUACAUUAUCUGCAAGUCAGACUGGUUGCUGAUGCUGCCAGCUACAAGCUUGUGUUCUUUCAUGGCUUUAAUGUGACCCAGGAAACGGAGCUUUACCAGUCGAGAGCAACAAACUACAUAUUGUUUCAGCCAGCAACUCCAUGGGGACACAUCCUGACCUCACGCCAGGUGUGGCUGCUGGUGUUGGCCAAGUGGGGCAGCUUCUGGGUGCUGUCCACCCUGCUGACACAGGCACCCACCUACCUCAGGAACAUACAUGGCUGGAGCAUUGGCAUGCUUGUGUUCUUUCAUGGCUUUAAUGUGACCCAGGAAACGGAGCUUUACCAGUCGAGAGCAACAAACUACAUAUUGUUUCAGCCAGCAACUCCAUGGGGACACAUCCUGACCUCACGCCAGGUGUGGCUGCUGGUGUUGGCCAAGUGGGGCAGCUUCUGGGUGCUGUCCACCCUGCUGACACAGGCACCCACCUACCUCAGGAACAUACAUGGCUGGAGCAUUGGCAUGGGGAAACAGCGAAAGAAAAUUGGAGAAAACUUAGGGAUUGUCAUCGAGAUGCCCUCCGUAGACAGAAAAAGAAGAGUGGGCAAGCAGCGACCUCAGUCCGCCCAUGGCUACCUGCUGGCGUCGGCAGCGCUGCUGGCGGGCCUGUCUUACUCUGGCUGCAGCCACGGCGCCGCCACGGCCUUCCUGGUGGCCGCCGUCUUCGUCAACGGCGCCCUCGCCACGGGGCCGCUGGCCGCACUCGUAGAUAUCAGCCCCAGUUUCUGCAGCAUCUUGCUUGGUUUAACCAACGUUGUGUGCACGCUGCCUGGCUUCAUCUCGCCGGCAGUCGUCGGGGCGCUUACUUACCAAAACCAGACGCCGGCCCAGUGGCGCGCGGUCUUCCUCAUCUCGGCGGCGAUGGCGGCCGUGCCGGGAGCUGUGUACGCGCUGCUGGGGCACGCGGUGCGCCAGCCGUGGGACCAGCCGCCCGCGACACCAGCGGACGCGGCGACCAGCCGGGAAGUGACCCCACUCCAGCCAGGAGGACGCGGCGCGGGCCAGUAG